AUGAGCUCCAACUUCACCGUGAUCUACAACUACCAAAACAGCGUAAAUGUGAUUUCUGCAGUAUUCAAUUUUGUGUUUGGAAUAUUUGGUGUUAUAUGUAACUUCAAUAUCAUCAGUAUAUUUCUUACAAGUACUGAAAGAACAUCUUUCAAUUUAAUCUGCUUCUCUCGAGCUUUUGUUAAUUUCUACAUAUUGCUCUCAUCUUUCUUAUUUUAUUCCUACCAUCCACUAUUUUAGGAUAUUCAAUUUUCUCACAAGCAUUAGAAUCUUGGAAUAUUAAUUUAAGUAUGUCACUGUAUCUUGGAAAUGAAUAUCAAAUUAUUCUUGUUGCACUGAAUAGGUUUUUUGCUUUGUUUUUUCCGCAAUUCUACUCAAAAAUAUUUGCAAUCAAGCCGUCUUUGAUUGUAAUUUGUUUAUUUUAUGUAUAUAGACUUACAAUUGUAAUCUACAUGACUGCAAAGGAUGUUGCUCGCGACUGUUUUUAUUCCUUUUUUCCGAUUACCUUUGCGUGGCAGUAUCCACCAAAUGAAGAAUGUUUAUUCGAAGAUAAUAUUAUAUUGAUAAUCUUGAUCACAUUCUUUUGCACUACCAUUCUUAAUAUAGUGACAUUUUUGAAGAUAAUUCAAUUUUACAUGUCAAUGAGAAUUCAUGAUAGAGAAACUCAACGAAGAAUUAAAAAUAAAGCAGUGCUUUUCCUUCAAACAAUUCUUCAAGACUCUUUGUACAUAAUUGAUUUGUCUUUUACUUUCAAGCUCAAUGAGUUAAGCCAACACAGAAUGUGGACAUCCUUUAGUGGAACUCUUGUUUGGGAGACUCUUCAUGCUCUCGACGGUUUCAUAAUGCUAAUGUUCAACGAUGGAUUUUCAUUGUCAUGUCGAUUUCGUGACUCUCCAGAAACAAGUACGACGGCUGUUCCACGAAGAACACCAAUUUAUCCAUUAGGUUCCGUAGGAUAGUU